AUGAAACAGAAGAUUAAUUACAUACUUGGAGAUAAUCCGAUGAAGAUGAGCUAUGUGGUGGGAUUUGGAGACACUUAUCCCACCCAUGUUGACCACAGGGCUGCAUCGAUCCCAUGGGAUGGCCACAAGCACUCAUGCACAGAAGGAGAUAAAUGGAAGAAUUCGAAGAAACCAAAUCCAAAUGAUCUUUUGGGAGCCAUGGUAGCAGGGCCUGAUCGAAAUGACAUUUUCUUAGAUGAGAGGGACAAACCAUGGUUCACGGAGCCAAGCAUAGCGAGCAAUGCUGGUCUAGUUGCAGCCCUCAUUGCACUUCAUGAUCCUCCUCGCAAUUCUUCCAAUUCUGAUGGCAUCAAUUUAGGCAUAGACGAGAUGGGUAUUUUCAAAAAUAUCAACCUAGUUCCUUCAGCUCCUUGA